UUUUAAAGUUGCCUUAACCCGCAACUACAAUUCCAAUUAUUACAAUUUACAAAGCAUCAUUUAUUUAUUUAUUUAUUUAUUUCUCUAAUUUGUUAUUAUCCUGUUCAUAUUAAGUUAUUAACUUAAGACCCAUAGAGGAAAAGACACACAAGUACACAGCAUAGUCAAGCUUCGAAUUGUUGAAUGUGGAAGGAGGAGAAGGAGAAGGAGGGUGUUGCGCCACGAACACAUGAAUUAGAAAAGAAGCAGCUGCAGCAACUUUUCUUGUUCAAUACCCAUCAAAUGCAAAUACAAAGACACUCUCUUUUUUAAUUACUACUGUUUUAUGUUCCUUUCUUCCUUCUGAAUCUGACCAACCAGUAGGACUCCUUCAAAGGGAUUUUGAGUAUUGUUUGAAUUGCUGGAGACCUGAGAGUGAAAACUAACUCCACAAUCCAUGGAUAAAGAUGCUAGGGUGGAAGAGACUGUUGAUUUGCGAACCAAUGUGGAGUUGGUGAGAUCAGUCUCUGAUAAGCAUCAUGAUCUUUUAAGGCCAUCUGCUCGGAACUAUUCAAGAGGACAAUCAACAGAUACAACUGGCCGUGGAAAGGGAAAGUAUGCCUUAAUUAGAGACCCAGAGGACUUCCAAAUGGGAGUUUAUGAUAAGCCCCUUCCAUGUUUUGGAUGUGGAAUCGGAUGGUUCUCAUUUCUUUUUGGAUUUCUAUGCCCUCCUAUGUGGUUCUAUGCUACAAUUCUCUAUUUUGGAAAUCACUAUCGGAAGGAUCCUAGGGAGCGAGCAGGGCUGGGAGCCUCUGCAAUUGCUGCAUUAGUGUGUUCUGUAACGUCGCUGAUAAUUGGAGUAAUUCUUGUGUUGCGGUACCUCUAUUUCUAAUUCACGUGCAAAGGUGAAAAUUGAGAAGCAAAAGCAUUUGGAAUCAAUUCUGGCGGGAUAUUAGAAACAAUUGGACAUAUGUAUAUAAGAACUUCAAAUAGAUGGGAAAAGGCUUGCAUAUAUUGCUGGUGAAGUAAUUCACAGCAUGAAAUCUGUCGUCUAUACCAUAAGUUGAGAGAAGAUAAUGCGUCAUAUCCCUUAUUUGUUUAUUUUCUGAACUGAUGUAUACUCAAAAAGAAACCUUUUGAUGAGUGUUUAUGAAUUUCCCAAAAUCACUAUUAAUUUUAUUUUAUUUUUA